UCGGACGUCUCCUGAUCAGAAGAGGUGCGGCGCUUCAACUUCAAAUAGGUGUCAAAACAGUGCCAGUCACCAUCUCACACCUGCAAGAGGGUUUUUAGUGACAGACUCAGACGUUUCCAUUUCUUUCGAGAGUUAAAACAUUUACUUUCGGUCUGCACUGAGGAGAUACAGGAAGAGAUAACCGCAGAUUUCACUUUUGCGCUCAGAUUGUUCUUCCCGUCGCUCUCGGCAUGGCUUCAACAACCUGCACCAGGUUUACCGACGAAUAUCAGCUGUAUGAAGAACUGGGAAAAGGAGCUUUUUCUGUGGUGAGAAGAUGUAUGAAAAUCUCUACUGGUCAGGAAUAUGCUGCCAAAAUCAUCAACACCAAAAAGCUGUCUGCCAGAGAUCACCAAAAACUGGAACGAGAGGCCCGGAUUUGUCGUCUCCUCAAGCAUCCCAACAUUGUGAGGCUCCAUGACAGCAUAUCAGAGGAGGGUGUUCACUACCUCGUCUUUGAUUUAGUCACAGGAGGGGAGCUGUUUGAAGAUAUUGUUGCCAGAGAGUACUACAGUGAGGCAGAUGCCAGUCAUUGCAUACAGCAGAUUCUAGAGAGUGUUAAUCAUUGUCACCUAAAUGGCAUUGUACAUCGAGACUUGAAGCCAGAGAAUCUUCUCUUGGCCAGCAAACUGAAGGGCGCAGCGGUGAAACUGGCUGAUUUUGGGCUGGCUAUCGAGGUGCAGGGAGACCAACAAGCAUGGUUUGGGUUUGCUGGAACUCCGGGUUAUCUGUCUCCUGAGGUGCUGAGGAAGGAGCCUUACGGCAAACCAGUGGACAUGUGGGCAUGUGGUGUUAUUCUGUACAUCCUUCUUGUGGGUUACCCUCCUUUUUGGGAUGAAGACCAACAUCGACUUUACCAACAGAUCAAAGCUGGAGCAUAUGAUUUUCCCUCUCCUGAGUGGGACACAGUGACACCAGAGGCCAAAGAUCUGAUCAACAAGAUGCUGACUAUAAACCCUGCCAAACGCAUCACAGCAGCUGAGGCCCUCAAACACCCCUGGAUCUGUCAACGUUCCACGGUGGCAUCCAUGAUGCACAGACAGGAAACAGUGGAAUGCCUGAAGAAAUUCAAUGCCAGGAGGAAGCUUAAAGGCGCUAUCCUUACUACAAUGCUUGCUACACGGAACUUCUCAAGCAAGAAUCCAUACAAGAAACCUGAUGGUGUUAAGAUCAACAACAAAACCAACUUAAUCACCAGCCCCAAAGAACCUGCCCCCUCUCCUGCUCUGGAGCCUCAAACUACUGUUAUCCACAAUCCCACUGAUGGAAACAAGGAGUCAUCAGAGAGUGCCAACACCACUAUGGAAGAUGAAGACAUUAAAGCACGGAAACAGGAGAUAAUUAAAGUCACUGAGCUGCUGAUUGAGGCCAUUAAUAAUGGAGAUUUUGAAGCUUACACGAAAAUUUGUGACCCUGGACUGACGUCUUUUGAACCUGAAGCUUUGGGAAACCUCGUGGAGGGGACAGAUUUCCACAGGUUCUACUUUGAAAACUCUCUCUCCAAGGGCCACAAACCCAUCCACACCAUCUUGCUGAACCCUCACGUGCACCUGAUCGGUGAAGAUGCAGCGUGCAUCGCUUAUAUAAGGCUCACCCAGUACAUGGAUGUCAACAAUAUGCCUCGCACCAUGCAGUCUGAGGAAACCCGUGUCUGGCAUCGCCGUGACGGCAAAUGGCAGAACAUCCACUUCCACCGGUCUGGCUCACCAACUGUGCCCACCAAGUGAGUUAAUACGGUCUCCAGAGCACAGCCUUUCCUGUCAAGCGAGCUUCAACAAGUGUCUGACCAAACUCAACCAUGAUCUUCAUAGUUUGCUCUACUGUACCAGAGUCUUGUUUACAUUUCCCGUCGGACUAAUAGAACAUAGAAGGUUGGAGAAUCGUUUCAAAUCAGGAUUUGGCGUGUUUGUAUGUGAGUACAUGUAAUGAGUAUGCUGUCUACACACUAUACUCAUUUAUGUGAAAAAGCAUGUUCUUACUUAGUACUUUCAUCUUUUUUAAAGGGUUACAUUUUUGUAUAACAGAACAUAUGGAGUCAUUUGUUAGUAACCUACGGUGUGAUCUAUGGGUGCAGGGGUACUGUAUAUCACAAAAGACUUAAUCGAGGUUUGUUUAGUUUUUUGAAUUCGUCGAGAUCUAAAAUGUGCUUAUUUCUUAAAGUGACAAAUACGAGCUUGCUUACGGUUUUCAGUGACGUACAUUUCGUGAAGUUACGUGAAGUGCUGUUUCUGCUUUACACUUCGGAGUAUUACCGGAUCAUUUUAGCACACAUACUGUAGGAAUCAUCGUGAUAUUUUUUCGUGGAUAACCCAAAAUUCUGAGAAGGGAAAAAGUUUCGAGUUGUAUUUAGUUUUGUUUUUUUUUGCUCUUGAAUUGUCACAGUUAUCGUAUGAAAAAAAAAGUAAUAACUCAUUUUGUAAACGACGCAAAGUUUUUCCCGUCUUUUCAGUGAAUGUAGUUUUCUGGUGGUAACUUAAUGGUGUACGCUUUCACAUGCGUCUGUCAUUUGUGGUACUUUUUGAGGAAAAACAGGUUGGUUUCUCAUUUUUAUCUUUUAUGAAUAACGCAUUUCACUCUUCUUUUUUUUUUCCGGUUUAAGUGACUCUCUGUGUUAACAGACAAUCCUUGACUGAAGAUCUCAUGUGGAAUAAAUCAAUCAAUAUUCAUAAUCCACUACACGAUACGAAGAAUGUCUGAAAACAUGGUUAUGCCACAUUGUACUAUUAAAACGGGCAGAUUGUUUGUCAGAUACGGUUUUGAUUUUAAGUCCAGUUCAUUAUGGUUAAAUAUUAAGUUACAGUACAGUAGAAUAAGGAUAUUAUUACCAGAGGAACUGAUAUAAUAGAUUUCUAAACAUGUGAAACGUCUAAUAAAAUGUGUGAUUUCUGCAAAA